ACAAGAAUAAUAACUGAACGGAGAACUUAAAUGGCGCAACCCGCCUCCGAACCCGCCCGCCUGCCCGCCACGAAGCGCCGCCGCGACCUCGAUUUCUCCCCAGAAUCCGCCCCAACGCGCCGGUGCAAGUCCCAAUGCCAUGACGUCAUCUUCCGAGUCGUGGUCCCGUCCAGACAGAUCGGCAAGGUCAUCGGCAAAGAAGGCUGCCGCAUACAGAAGAUUCGUGAAGCCUCCAGGGCCUCCAUCAAAAUCGCCGACGCCGUCGCUAGAAAUGAGGAGCGUGUGAUUAUAAUAAGCUCGAAGGGUAGUGAUGACGAAACAACUGAUGCUGAAAAUGCCCUGCAGCAAAUAGCUGGCUUGAUUCUAAAGGAUGGUGAGAAUGGUAGUGAGGCGGCAAAAGUGGGUGCAGGACAUGUGGCUGCGAAUGCGAUAAGACUUUUGAUUGCCGGCUCCCAAGCAGGUUCUUUAAUUGGGAUGUCUGGUCAGAAUAUUGAGAAAUUGAGGAACUCUUCUGGGGCCACAAUCACAGUCCUUGCUCCGAGUCAGUUGCCUCUGUGUGCAUCUGCUCAUGAAUCUGAUAGAGUGGUACAGAUAUCAGGUGAUGUCCCUGCUGUUCAGAAAGGUUUGGAGGAGAUCGGUUGUCAUAUAAGAGAAAACCCGCCUAAGCAAGUGAUUUCUCUCAGCCCCGCCUAUAACUAUACAGCAAUUUGGCCACCUCAAGUUCAACCCUACAUAGACCCAACUUCAGCUGAAUAUAUUACUGUCGAGAUGAUGAUAUCUGAAACAAUGGUUGGUGGGCUGAUCGGCAGAUGCGGCUCCAACAUUUCAAGGAUUAGAAAUGAGACUGGCGCAAUGAUCAAGGUUUAUGGUGGGAAAGGUGAAGAAAAGCAUAGGCAAAUUCAGUUUUGUGGUAAUUCCCAGCAGGUGGUAUUGGCAAAGCAGCGGGUUGAUGAAUAUAUUUACUCUCAGCUGAUACAACAAGCUGGUGCUCAACAGACAGCGAAAUCUUCAUGCAUUGAUGCUUCCCAACUUGUUUAGUUACUUGUUCUGCCAUGUAACAGUAAUGGUGAAGUGGAAUAUUGAUGUUGUACCACCAUUUUGACAUUCAACACCAAAGAAAUGCAGAUCCUUUUAACUACUGAAUUUAGUUCUUCAUUAGUGUAUUUAUGAAUGUGAGCAUUGCAGUUGGUGUUCCGGGGUCUUUCGACAUUUGGCUAUAUGCUGCAAUUGUUUGUAAUGGUUGUGUUUUAGGCUUUGGAAGAUAAUUAGAGAUAGUGAAUGUUUACAUGCAGAAAGCAGAGAAUUAUUUGGAACUUCACAAGAUAGGUUUGUGUAUGGAUUGUUUUACGACUUAAGAUGUGGUUUGAUGUGUGAGC